AUGCCUUCCUACAUUGUACGUACCCGAUCCGCCCAGAGUCGAGGACUCCACCUGCUGCUCAGCGCACCGAGACUGACCCCUCUUCUCCUUCCCCCUCAACAGGUUACCUGCAAGGACGGCGCCACCGACGACCAGGUCGCUGCUGCUAAGAAGCACGCCCAGGACCAGGGCGGCAAGAUCACCCACGAGUACAACCUGAUCAAGGGCUUCGCUGUCGAGUUCCCCAAGGACUCCGUCUCGACCCUCGAGAGCCACGAGCACGUCAAGGCCGUCGAGGCCGACAAGGAGAUGAAGACCCAGUAG